AUGGUUUUAGCGGCGAAGCAGACUCUCUCUACUAAGAUCGGCUUCUCCGCUCCACUUCCCCGACGGAACCCGUCUUCCUCACUCCAACGACUUCCUCUCUCCCUCUCCUUUCCCUCGGCGGCGCUUCCAAAACGCACCGUUUUAACCCUCUCUAAGCCUUUGCACCUCUCUGUUCUGAGAGCAAAGCCCCCGGUGAGAUGCUCCGCCUACGAAGCCGACAAGUCAGAGCCUCCUCAGCCGAUCGACGACACGAAGUCCGAGGCGGCGAAGAAAGCGAAGAUCGGAGUCUACUUCGCUACUUGGUGGGCUUUGAACGUUGUCUUCAACAUCUACAACAAGAAGGUCUUGAACGCUUACCCUUAUCCAUGGCUCACCUCCACGCUCUCUCUCGCCGCCGGUUCGUUGAUGAUGCUCAUCUCUUGGGCCGUUGGCAUCGUCGAGACUCCCAAAACGGAUUUCGAUUUCUGGAAAACACUUUUUCCGGUUGCGGUGGCACACACAAUUGGUCAUGUGGCUGCAACGGUGAGCAUGUCAAAGGUUGCUGUUUCCUUCACACACAUCAUCAAGAGUGGUGAGCCAGCGUUUAGCGUUCUUGUCUCCAGGUUCCUUUUAGGCGAAACGUUCCCUACUUCGGUUUACCUCUCCCUCAUUCCCAUCAUCGGUGGUUGUGCUCUCUCUGCCCUUACUGAGCUUAACUUCAACAUGAUUGGUUUCAUGGGAGCGAUGAUUUCGAAUUUGGCAUUCGUGUUCCGUAACAUAUUCUCAAAGAAGGGAAUGAAGGGAAAGUCUGUGAGCGGGAUGAACUACUACGCUUGCCUCUCAAUGUUAUCACUCUUGAUCCUCACCCCCUUUGCAUUUGCGGUUGAAGGACCUCAGAUGUGGAUCGAUGGCUGGCAAAAAGCUCUCUCCGACAUCGGACCUCAGUUUGUCUGGUGGGUGGCUGCGCAGAGUGUGUUUUAUCAUCUCUACAACCAAGUGUCUUACAUGUCUUUAGACCAAAUCUCUCCCUUGACGUUUAGUGUGGGUAACACCAUGAAGCGUAUCUCAGUAAUAGUCUCCUCCAUUAUUAUCUUCCGCACUCCAGUGCAGCCCGUUAACGCUCUUGGAGCUGCCAUUGCUAUCCUCGGAACCUUCUUGUAUUCCCAGGCAAAACUUUGAUCGGGCAAUGCAUGGAGUGUUCCGGUCCGAUGCUGAACUCGUGAUUUCGGUUUAAACCAGGGGAGGGAGAUGUAGAUAUUUGUCCUCAAUAAUGAUGAGACUGGAGACGACAAUGUUAGUGUGUUAGGCAGUUUCUUAAAUUGAGCUUUUUGGGUUUAAUUGUUUGAAUUUAGGGGAAACGAGAAAGAUUGCCUCUUUGUAACUAAAGUGGGACAUCAAUUACCCCUUGAGAGAGUAAGACUAUUUCAAAAUAUAUUAAGAGAACUAUUUCAAAAAAUAUAUAUAUAGAACAAUAUUUUUAUUCGACCUCA